GGAGUCAGAUGGUUAGGGGAAGCCAGCUGCCCCCUGAAAGUCACCGAGGACAUCUGGUUCGGAUGCUGUUCCUGCACCUAUGUCACCAGAGAUCAGCAUGCAAUUUUGAGCCAUCUGGCUGCCCAUGGUGAUGAACAAUCCAAGUGCCAGCAUCCUCCCAUGUCUGGCUCAUCCCAAGUGCUCAGCAACACUGGGAACCACAAGAGUGAAAAGCCAUUUAAGUGCAAGCUUUGCUCCCAAGAGUUUGCUUAUAAUUCCCUUCUGACCUGUCAUAAUCGAACACAUGCUGGUGAAAAACAAUUUAAGUGCAUGCAAUGCCCCAAAGCCUUCGCUUGGAAGAAAAGUCUGAUGUACCAUAGUCGAACACACACAGGUGAAAAGCCAUUUAAGUGGAAGCUUUGUCCCAAAGAGUUUGCUUGUAAUUCCCUUCUGACCUACUAUAAUCAUUUGCACACUGGUGAAAAGCCAUUUAGAUGCAUGAAGUGCACCAAAGCCUUUGCUAAAAAUUCUUCUCUGCAAAGACAUAAUCGAACACACACAGGUGAAAAGUCAUUUCAGUGCAUGCAAUGCCCCAAAGCCUUUGUUCAUAGUAAAGAUCUGAUCUACCACAACCGAACACACACAGGUGAAAAGCCAUUUAAGUGCAAGCUUUGCCCCGAAGAGUUUGCUCGUAAUUCCCUUCUGACCUACCAUAAUUAUUUGCACACCGGUGAAAAGCCAUUUAAGUGCUUGCAAUGCCCCCAAGCCUUUGUUAAAAAUUCUGAACUGUGUCGUCAUAAUCAACUACACACUGGUGAAAAGCCAUUUAAGUGCAAGCAGUGCCCCCGAGCCUUUGCUCAAUAUUCUUAUCUGCGAAGGCAUAAUCGAAUGCACACUGGUGAAAAGCCAUCCAAGUGCAAGUGGUGCUCCAAAGCCUUUGCUGACAGUAGCAGGCUGGCCCACCACAAUCGUACACACACAGGUGAAAAGCCAUAUAAGUGCAAGCAGUGCCCCAAAGCCUUUGCUGGAAGUUCAUCCCUGAAAAUUCAUAAUCGAACCCACACUGGUGAAAAGCCAUUCAAGUGCAAGCAGUGCCCCCAAGCUUUUGCUGAAAAUUCCCAUCUUCAAAACCAUAAUCGAACACACACUGGUGAAAAGCCAUUUAAGUGCAAACAGUGCCCCCGAGCCUUUGCUGAACAAACUGCUCUGAGAAAACAUAAUCGAACACACACUGGUGAAAAGCCAUUUAAGUGCAAGCAGUGCCCCCGAGCCUUCGCUGAAAAUGCUGCUCUGAGAAAUCAUAAUCGAACACACACUGGUGAAAAGCCUUUUAAGUGCAAGCAGUGCCCCAAAGCUUUUUCUCAGAGUAGGAGUCUGUCUUACCACAACAGAGCACACGCAGGUGAAAAGCCAUUUAAGUGAAAGCAGUGCCCCCAAGCCUUUGCUACAAAUUCCCAUCUUCAAAGCGAUAAUCGAACACACACUGGUGAAGAGCCAUUAAAGUGCAAGCAGUGCACCCGAGCCUUUGCUGAAAAUACUGCUCUGAGAAAUCAAUCAAACUCACUGGUGAAAAGCCAUUUAAGUGCAAGCAGCGCCCCCUAGUCUGCUCAAAAUUCCUCUCCACAAAACCAUAAUCUAACACAUACAGGUGAAGUCAUUUAAGUGCAAGCAGUGCCCCCAGAGCCUUUUCUCAUAAUACUAGUCUGAUCCACCAUUAUCAA